AUGCACCAUGAGAAUGUUCGGUUAGCUCAGUGCGCUAAGGUUAGAUGGUGGGGACAUGGUGAUAAAAACUCUCGGUAUUUUCAUGCUAUUCUGAACAAACGGAAGCAAGAAAGGAUUGGGGAGAUGAGUCUUCCGAAUGGAUCCACGUUAAAAUCACCUUUGGAAACUCAUGAUGGUGCCGUGCAAUAUUUCAUGGAUUUCUUGGGGCAAUCUACAUGUGUGGUGUUACUGGACUUGAGCGAUUUAGUGGCUAAUGUGAUCUCAGAGGAUGAUAAUUCGAGACUUUGUUCGUUGCCCACAGAAGAAGAGGUGAAACAAGCAGUCUUCAAUAUUCCCAUAGAGAGUAGUCUGGGGCCUGAUGGUUUUGGGUCAGGAUUUUAUCGUGCUUGCUGGGAUGCUGUACGUUUGGAGGUGGUGGAGGCGGUAAGGGAAUUUUUUCAGGGGGUUCCUCUUCCUAGAAUCUAUACAGCUUCUUUUAUAGUGCUUAUUCCGAAAGUGGCUCAGCCGACGGGUUUUGACAAGUUCUGGCCUAUCAGCUUAGGUUUCGUGUUUUACAAAACCUGUUCUAAUGUCUUGGUGGCGAGGCUUGCGCCUGUAUUGUCCUCUUUGAUCUCCUCCGAGUAG